AUGGAGGUCAAAUUAGAUUUCAAGUCUUUGGUAAAGAAGCUCAGUUUCGUUUCUGUCAAUAAGCGCGGAGGUGGCGGAGGAGGUCACAGCGGUGGUGGAGGUCAUUUUGGCGGAGGAGGAGGCCAUUUUGGCGGAGGAGGAGGUCAUGCUGGCGGAGAAGGAGGUCAUAUAGGCGGAGGAGGAGGUCGCGGCGGCAGAGGAGGUGGUCACGCUCACGCAGGUGGAGGCACUGAUUUUAUUCCGGUGUAUGUAGGUACUCAUCAUCAUCACCAUACUCAUGUUCACAACAAUGGUAGCAACGACGGCGUCCUCCUCAAGCAUUCUGUUCUCCGAUUAGCUUCCAGUGUGUCAGACAACCGUAUAUGA